AUGGUUGCUUCUAUAGAUUCUUCCCGUCCUAUCAUGGCUCCAAGUGUCUCUUCCAAAAGCAAUCGCUUCAGUACCUACAGCCAAGCCAUCUCUGUCGAGACCACGGAUUCUGCGAGAGAAGAAUUCAUCGCCAUUGAGGAAGGGCUUCGACAAACUACACAGCAAUGA